UCAAAGGCUGCAUUGUGCAGAGCAGGCCUUGGUCAGUCGUGUGCCAGGGAGGAGGCGGGAGGGAGGACGCAUUGGGAGGCUGUCCCCUCCCAGGGCUCUUCUGGCUGGUGUUCCCAGGGGCCUCAGCCUGGGGAGGAUGGUGCACACAUGGGUGGCUGCUUCUGCAUCCCGGGGGAGCCAAGUCUGUCCUGGGGCCCAGGUAAAGAAACUCCUUCCAAGGAUCUGACCAUAUCAAGUGAAUUUAUAUCCUCAUCUGAAGAUAAGGAAAAAUGUUUCGUGCCACAGAACAUGACCCCAGAUCUGGCGCUCCCCUUCACUGUGAGGAGCCGCUCCAGGAGGUGUGUGAAUGGCCGCUUGCAGGAAGCGGCCAGGAGGCGGCUCUGGGCACUGGAGAAUGAGGACCAGGAGGUGCGUGCGCUGUUUAAGGACCUCUCAGCCAGGUUGGUGGGUAUCCAGUCCCAGAAGGCCCAGUUCCUCAUCACCUUCAAAACCAUGGAGGAAAUUUGGAAGUUCUCCACUUACUUGAACUUAGGCUAUGUUUCUGUGUGUCUGGAGCAUCUCCUCUUUGACCACAAGUACUGGCUCAACUGGAGACUGGUGGAGGAUACAGAGAUCCACGUGUCUGUAGAUGAUACACACCUGGAAACGAUAUACCUGGGACUUCUGAUUCAGGAAGGCCACUUCUUCUGCAGAGCCACGUGCUCUGUGGCUCAGCCAGCUGAAAAGGAAGGAGAGUGCUUGACACUUUGCAAGAAUGAGUUAAUCUCAGUGAAGAUAGUCGAAGGUGGAUCCGAGUGGGAAGGCGUGUCCUUGGUGACGGGUCAAAGGGGCCUGGUGCCCGUGUCGGUCCUGGAACCCCUGCCACUCCCUUUCCACCAAUGGUUCCUAAAGAAUUAUCCAGGAAGCUGUGGCCUCUCCAGGAAGAGGGAUUGGACGGGCUCCUAUCAGAUCGGCAGAGGGAAGUGUAAAGCCUUAAGGGGACACGAGAGGGAGGAAAAGGAUGAACUGAAUUUCCGCCAGGGGGAAAGCAUCGAGAUCAUCGGCUUCGUCGUGCCCGGGCUUCAGUGGUUCAUCGGGAAGUCCGUGCACUCGGGGGAAGUGGGCUUCGUCCCCACCAGGAGCGUGGACCCUGACUCUUACUCCCCAGUGAGCAAGAACUCAGCCUUUUUCAGUGAUGAGGAAAGAUGUUCUCUGUGGGUCCUGGGAAGUGACAGGAGAUCUGAGUGUGCCAGCUUCCUCCACACGCUUGCUCGCACUGACAUAGCAUCUGUCUACCGGCUUAGUGGGUUUGAAUCCAUCCAGAAUCUUCCAAAUGAUCUGAGCGUGCCCCGACCCGACGGCCUCCAGGAGGCCAGGCCUCGUGGAGCCUGGGAGGAGCAGCAGGCUGUGGGCCCCAGACAGUCCAGCAGCUCCGAGGAGUCCAGCCCGGAGGAGGAGCUCCUCUCCGCCGCCUCAGACAGCUACCAUCUGCCAGAGCCCGAUGGCCUUGAUGACCCAGAGCUGCUCAUGGACCUGAACACUGGCCUGGAGGAGGAGGAGGCUGAGAACUUCACCCCCAUACUGGUUUUUCUGGAUCACGAGGGUUAUGCCAACCACCUUAAGAGCCUCUACGAUUUCUCCUUCUCUUUCCUCACAUCUUCAUUUUACAGCUUCUCUGAGGAGGAUGAGCUUGUGGCCUACCUGGAGGCCUCGAGGAAGUGGGCCAAGCGCAGCCACAUGACCUGGGCCCAUGCCCGGCUCUGCUUCCUCCUGGGUCGGCUGAGUGUCAGGAAGGUCAAGCUCUCUCAGGCCAGGGUGUACUUUGAGGAGGCCAUCCACAUUCUCAACGGGGCAUUUGAGGACCUGCCGUUGGUGGCUGCUCUGUACAUCAACGUGGCUGCCAUCUACCUGAGGCAGAGGCUGAGGCAUCAAAGCUCUGCCCUGCUGGAAAAGGCAGGUGCCCUGCUGGCCUGUCUGCCAGACCGUGAGUCUAGCGCCAAGAAUGAGCUGGACGUGGUGGCCUAUGUGCUGCGCCGGGGCAUUGCGGCUGGCAGCUGCCCCCUGGAGGCCAGGGCCUGCUUUCUGGCCACCCAGCUGCUCCUGCGCCUGGGCCGGCAUGAGGAGGUUCUGCCAUUUGUGGAGCGCCUGCACCUCCUCUGCGGACACCCUCCUGCCUCCGAUGCCGCAGCCACCCUCUUGAGCUUUCUAUAUGAUAAGAAAUAUCUUCCACACCUUGCAGUGGCCUCUGUCCGGCAGUGUGGUAUACAGAGUGUCCAAGGGACGUCCCUUCCGAUUUGGCAGCUCCGCCUGCUUCUCCAGAACACCACCAAGCUCCUUGGAGUUCCCUCCCCAAGCCAGGGUGAAGUUUCUGCCCUGGCCUGCCCCGCGCUCAGGCAGGCGCUGGCUGCCUGUGAAGAGUGGGCUGACAGGAGAACCCAGAGGGCCGUGUGUCUCAUCCUCUCCAGAGUGUACCUGCAGCAUAGGUCUCCUGAUGGUGCCAUCCACUUCCUGAGCCAAGGCUUGGUGCUGGGGCAGCUGCUGGGUGCACAGGAAGCCUUUGAGUCUUCCCUAUGCCUGGCAUGGGCCUAUCUCUUAGCCAACCAGGCGAAGAAGGCUUUGGACCUCCUUGAGCCACUCCUAACCUCCCUGAAGGAGACGGAGAGUAUUACCCAAAAGGGGGUGGUCCAUAACCUCCUGGGACUUGCACUUCAAGGUGAAGGCCACGUGAACAGGGCAGCCAAGAGCUAUCUUUGGGCCUUGAGCAGAGCCCAGGAGAUGGGGAAUUUGCGUAACCAGGCCGUGGCUUUGGCCAAUCUUGGCCACCUGACCCUUAAGUCCUGGGCUCAGCAGCCGGCCAGGGACUAUCUUCUGCAGUCUGUCCGACUCUAUUCUGAACUCCAGGCAAGCAUGGAGACAGAAAUGGAAUUAGUACAGGUGCUUCUCUGGUUGGCCCAGGUUCUCGUGUAUGGACGCCAGCUGGCCAGUAGCCGCCUUUGUUAUGAAAUGGCGUUGCUGUUUGGCUUGAGGCACGGACACCUAAAGAGUCAGCUUCAGGUCACCAAAUCCCUCUGCCAUUUCUACAGCUCUGUGUCCCCGAACCCCGAGGCAUGCAUCACCUACCACGAGCACUGGCUGGCCCUGGCUCAGCAACUCAGGGACAGGGAGAUGGAGGGAAGGCUGCUGGAGUCCCUCGGGCAGCUCUACCGGAACCUGAACACAGCCCGGUCGCUCAGGAGGUCCCUCACCUGCAUCAAGGAGAGCCUGCGAAUCUUCAUCGACCUUGGGGAACAAGACAAGGCUGCCGAGGCCUGGCUCGCGGCUGGGCGACUCCACUACCUCAUGCAGGAGGACGAGCCGGUGGAGCUGUACCUGCAGGCAGCCAUCCAGAAAGCCCUGAAGUUAGAAGAGCCCAGCCUGGCUCUCAAACUCUAUGAAGAAGCAGGUGACGUGUUCUUCAACGGGACCCGCCACAGGCAUCGCGCAGUGGAGUAUUACCGAGGUGGGGCUGUUCCUUUGGCAAGGAGGGUGAAGGCUGUGAGAACCGAGCUCCGGGUUUUCAACAAGCUGACGGAGCUGCAAAUCAGCCUGGGAGGCUAUGAGAAGGCUUUGGAAUCUGCCAUCCUGGCGGCCAGACUCAGCACAGUCACAGGAGAUCAGAGGCAGGAGCGGGUGGCCUUCCACCGUCUGGCCACGGUGUACUACUCCCUGCAUAUGUACGAGAUGGCUGAGGACUGCUAUCUGAAGACCCUGUCCCUCUGUCCGCCCUGGCUGCAGAGUCCCCAGGAGGCCCUGUACUACGCGAAGGUGUACCACCGCCUGGGCCGGCUCACUUUCUACCAGCUGAAGGAUGCCCACGAUGCCACCAAGUACUUGUGGCUGGCCCUGGCAGCAGCGGCUUUGCUGGGGGACGAGGAGCUGCAGGGCACCAUCAGGAGCAGGCUGGACAGCAUCUGCCGGAGUCCCCUGUGGUGCAGCAGCCCACCUGGCUGCUCCUCAGAGAGGGCGCGAUGGCUGAGUGGUGGGGGCCUGGCCCUCUGAGGACCGCGGGCCAUAUCAGACUGGCUGCCAUGACAGAAGCUGCCGCCCUGCCCCAGGCUCCUAGACACUGAUGUGGAGGGUCCGAGCCUGGUCCGUCUCCCCACCUUCCACUGGGAAGAACAUGGCCCAGAGGCAGAGGCACGUAUUCUGGGGAAGCCACACAAAAAGUGGUGACAGAGCAGCGCUGAGAAGUCCUGCCUGUGUGUCUAGAGCCUCUCCAGUAGACUGCAGCCCUCCUCUAUAUACAGCCUCUGGAAUGCGCUUCCUUGACAUGCAAUUCUCUAUGAGAACAUGAGGAACCCGGCCCCUGGGAAACCCACCUCCUAACCCCAGUGAGAAAUCAGACACUGCACUGGAAAGAAGUGGGCAGAUUGGACUUUUUCCCUCACUGACUUUUCUCAGGGAAAGACCCCUCCCCUUGCCAGCAGAGAAACUUCUCUCUCUUCUGCCAAAGGAGGUGCCACACCUGCCUAUAAGGACAGGCAGGCAGAAUUCACCAUGUUCUUAGUUCAAAAGACACAGCUCAGCAAGACCAGCUGGAACGUGCAGGGCAUGGGGUCUGACCAGAUUCGCCGUCUCCCUCCUCCCCUGAGGCUCUGCUUCCCCUAACCUCCCAGAAACCCCAGGGAAGCUUCCCAAGGGCCAAGGCUUAAAAACUGAGCAGUAAGAAAUUAUGAUGUAAAUUACAUGUAAAGAGUGUAUAUUAUUAAACAUUGACACACAUUUGUCUCCUUGAUAAUAGGGAGAGAUGAGACUUGAAGGGCGGGCUAAACACCAAGGUGUCAUCCUGAUCUCAGGGCAGCACCUCAACGAAGCAUCUCUAUUCGCUGUCUUUCCCUGCAAAAUAUGUGUAAUGGCUUGGCUGGCUCACUUGUUAUCUCACAGUUUCUGUAGGAGGGUGGGAAUCCAGGAGUGACUUAGCUGGGUUCUCUGGCUCCUCAAGGCUGUGGCUGCAGUCUUCUCAAGAUCAGCAACCGAAGCGUCUACGUCCAAAGUCACAUCGUUGUUGGCAGGAUCCAUUUCCUUGCUUGCUGCUGGCCAGAGGCUGCUCUCAGUCCCUGCCCUGUGGGCCUCUCCAGAGGGCAGCCUCCAACACCGCAACCUGCUGCAUCGGAGCCGGCAGUGAGAAGCACAGAGCAAGGGGAGGGGGUUGUGAUCUUCCAUUACUGACUCUCAGGAGGGACAUCCGAUCAGUUCUGCCUGUUCUCUUUGUCACAAGUGAGUCAUGAGGUCCGAUCCACAUGGAAGCGGAGGAAACUACCAAGGGGGUGAAUACCAGGGAGUCACUGGGGUCCAUUUCUGCAGCUGCCUACCACAGUAUCUGAGUGCUUUGAUGAUGGAAUCGGGAGUUCUCUAGGGAUGGGAACUCCAAGAAAGGUCCGACUGACUGAGCCAGCAGCAUCGGUGUCGCUUGUAAGAUUGUCUGAAAUGCACAUUUGGGAACCGCACCUAAGGUAUCUGGACCCGAACCUCUGGAGUCCAGAGCCCUGGCUUUACCUGCUCCCCAGGUAAUGUUAAUGCAAACAGAAGUGCAAGGAGCGUGGCUCUGGAACCCAGAUUCUCAGGCUGUGUGCAAACCUGGGGAGCUGGCUGAAAAUGAACGUUCUGGUUCUUACCCCAAACAUUCUGAUUCCGUAGGUCUGGGGGAUGUCCCAGGAACAUGCAUUUUUAAUGAGCACCUCAAGUGAUCCUGACACUGGUGAUUCACCCCUGCUCUGAAAUGUGGCAACAUACAAGAGAUUCUAGCCAGAUGGGUCACCACCUGAGGCCCAGCAGCUUGGAUUUUACUGUCAAACUCUCUGCCCUGAAUUUCUAGCUUCUUGGACCAACCAGA